AAAGGACUCCAAUGGAUACCAAUCUUGCUUUGUGAACUUUUGUCGGCUGUGGGUGCUAGCUGAAUCCGAUGCCUUUCCUAUUCUCCCCUCUCUCUUUAUUGCGGCGUGUUUCUUAUGCUCCCCCAUCCCCCUUUUUCAAAUUUCUUCCAAAGUAGAAUUCUCAUUGCUUGUAAAACUAUAAAUAACAACACAUUCCAGCCAUCUAUAUUUGUGCUCAUUCAUAAGUUUUUUGUUUAAUUAUAGUUCAAGCUCUCUGACCCGCUUUGCAUAAUUCCUCUCCAAUAUGGCAAACCAACCAACCCCAGCUCGUCCAUGGUUCCGUUUAGCUUCCAUUGCCCGCCCUGCGGCCCCAACCCCGACCCCAGCCCCAGCCCCAGCCCCAGCUCCUGCCCCUGCCCCUGCCCCUGCUCCGGAGCCACGUCCACCUCUAGUAAUUCGGCCUACAUUUAGGCCAUUAGCCCCCUCUCAGCCAACUCAACCUCAAGAACCCACUCCACCACCACCCGCCGUUGCUCCACCCCCAGCCGCUGCUGUUACACGAUCCUUUGCUACUCCAGCCCCAGCACCGGCACCAGUAAUAACAGCACGUCCUAUUUUCUCUACUAGCUCAGUUCCACCGUCUCCAGUCACUAAAGCAGUGCCAUCCUCCUCUUCGGUUCGUACUUCUCCAAUUGCUAAAGAAGCACCAACACAGAGUUUUCCCAAUGUCAAAGCAACCACCACUAUCACCACCGCCCCAUCUCCAAAAACCAUUAAGCCUGCUGCUCAAACCCCACCUCAGUCACCAAAACCCAAGCCCACUGCUCCACCACCUUCUCCUCUAAACCUUCCACCUACACGAUUGAAGGCCGAAACUGAGACAGAGCAGAAGAUCCCACUGGAGGCAGAGCAGAAAACUGUGCUGGUCCAAAAGACUAUUGAAAAGCCUAAGCCGUGGCUUGGUGGCAAUGCUGACUCGCAGUGGGAACAUAGCGAGCAUUACAAGCCCAGCUAUGUCCAUAGUGGAAAGCAAGAAGGGCACAAAGAAGUUGAAAUCAAGGAGAAAGGUAGCUACAAAAAGUUUUCGGAUUCAGAGGAGGCGGGUACGAGGGUCAUAACAAUUGCUGGCGAAAACAAAGGUGCUUUCAUGGAACUAAUUCGAUCCCCAAAGAAACUUGAUGGUUCUGACAAAUCUAAAUCUUUGCAAGUUAAGAAGGGCAUUACUACAAUGGGAAUCCAAGGCAGUGACUCGGAAAGCUAUAGCAGUAGCGAUAAGGAGGGAAAUCCAAAGAAAGAUAAGAGUCACAAAGGAAACAAAGGGACUAACUCUGUACCCAUGAGUGCAUUCAUGAACAGCAAUGUGCAGGGUAUUAACAACUCCGUUGUGUACAAUUCCUCAUACAACCACCAUGACCCUGGGGUGCACCUUUCUCUCUCCAGGAAAGCCUCUGGUGGAUUCCAGGCCAAGGAACGCGUUAAUGGCGAUCGGGAUUAGAGGGAGACGAUGAUACUUACAAGAAGGUUUUUACAUAUUUAAUUUGAAUUUCAAGUUUUAGGGUAUAGUACGUAAGAGAAUAAAGGUGGAGUGAUAUUUGAGUACUGUUGAGAAAAAGAGCAUGGACUCUGAUUCUUCAUUGUUAGGUUGCCCUUCCAGUGGAGUAUAGCUGAAGAUUGUCCAUUGCCAGUGUUUGGUAAUAAAAAGCGGAAGUUUGCUAUGUAUGUGCCUAUAUAUGUAUGCUUAUAAUUAUUUAUUGAGCAUUAGUUGUACUUUUAUAA